AUUUCAAAUACUUGAUUUAUUUCAUAAAAUUCAAAUUUCAAAAGUUCCUUAUUUUUUGUAAACAUCAAUUUACUCGUGUAAUAUUGAUAAACAAUUUUUCUAAAAUUAAAAGCUUUAUAAGUGAAUUUAAUUAAGUAAUUCAAAAGCAAACAAGUUUAAGAGCUUUCUCGAAUAACAUUCUAUUGUUUAUAGAGGUCGUGUCAAUCGCUAAAUAGUGAAAAACACAUGAGACUGAAAAAUAUUGUUUAUUCCAAUAAAAUUAAUUAAUAUCGUGUAAAAUGGUCUACAGACAACAAGUUCUAGCGCUUUAUAGAGAAUUAUUGCGAUACAGUAAAGAUUUGAAGCUUACAGAUAAGGAAUACUUUAGACGUUGGGUCAAGGAAGAAUUUAUAAGGAAUAAGGAAGUCAAGGAAGCUCACAUACCUUAUUGUAUGAAACAAGCAAGAGUGUUUAUGCUCGCCAAAAAUGUUCUCUAAUUUAAUUCAACGUAAUCCAGUAACAUUAGUUCGACUUUUUAGUAGUAUAAAGAAGAAGCUUGAUUAUUCUAAAGUUCCACAGCUAAUUGAAACUGAGCUAGAGGAAGAAUUUAUGAGAGGAAGUGGUCCUGGUGGACAAGCAGUACAAAGAACAUCCAAUGCUGUCCAAAUUCGUCAUAUUCCAACAAAUAUUGUCGUCAAGUAUCAUGGAACUAGAUUAUUGUCAAGGAACCGUGAAAUCGCUCGUACCUUAUUGAUUAACAAGCUUGAUGAACUUUAUAAUAAGGAAAUGUCCGUAGAAAAUCAACGUAAAAGGCUGGAAAAAGAAAAGUCUGUGAAACGACACGGUAAAAACGAUAAACUUCGCAGACUUAAAAUAGAGUUUAAGAAGAAUUUGGAAUCAAUAAAGAAUGGCGAGGAAGAUUACACAAAAUAA